AUGGCGCGUUACAUUCCACGCGCCGCCCUCAUGUCCAACUCAUCUGCGCCGCACCUAAUCAUCCCUCCCGGAACGCACAGUUUCGAGGCCUCAAAAUCCCCGGUUUUUGGUCUGAGAUUUCAUGCGAUGUGCGGAGAGAAAUUGAGAGGUGCUGCGGGUGCGAGACCAUUGCUAAGGGGACGAGCCUUCGCUGCUCAGAGAGACCUCAGAAAGGCGAGGCGGCGAGCCCCAAAGAGCAAGGAGAAGGAGCUGGAGCUCAGUGUCAGUGUUUCUAUGGAAGAAGCUUUGCCUGAAAAUCCUGAAAUCUCGACUAUUGCGGAAUUGAUUCGUGUAGAUGCUCCAGCAGCAAUGAAACUGGCGUUUGACGGUCUGAAAGAUUCGGUGUAUAAAACAAGGGAUAAUGCGGUCAGCAAUGUUGGUGGAUAUGAAAGCACCGAGCUUUCCGUGCUUCUUUGCAAUGACGAAUUUAUCCGAAAACUUAAUAAAGAAUGGAGAGGGGAGGACCAUGCUACUGAUGUUCUUUCCAUGUCCCAGCAUGUCCCUGAUCUUAGGCUUCCCAUUCUUAUGUUGGGUGACAUUGUGAUUUCUGUUGAGACAGCUGCAAGACAAGCCGAGCAAAGAGGCCACACGCUCCUUGACGAGAUGCGCAUUCUCAUGGUACAUGGUUUGUUACAUCUAUUAGGAUUUGAUCAUGAGCUUAGCGAAGACGCUGAAGUGGAAAUGGAGAAGGAGGAAGAUCUUCUCUUAAAGAGUCUUGGGUGGAAGGGAAAGGGGUUAAUUCAGAGUGUAUAUGAUGCUGAAACCCAUACCCAGGGGGACACACUAGAUGAUAAUCUUACAUCUGAGUUGUUAAAAGACAGUAAGAGAGAAGGCAGCCUUCAAUAUAAUAAGCCAAAGUUCAGAUAUGUUUUCUGUGAUAUGGAUGGCACCCUUCUCAACAGCAAAAGUCAACUGAGUUCAACAAAUGUGAAGGCUCUGAAAGAGGCCUCAUCAAGGGGUGUGAAAGUAGUGAUAGCAACCGGAAAAGCUCGUCCAGCUGUGAUGCGCAUUUUUAAGGAAGUUGAUUUAGCUGGAGAAGAUGGCAUUGUUUCAGAAUUUUCUCCUGGGGUUUUCUUGCAGGGAUUGCUUGUUUAUGGUAGGCAAGGUCGGGAAAUUUUUAGAAGGAAUUUGGAUGCAAAUGUAUGCAGAGAGGCAUGUCUUUACUCUUUGGAGACUGAGGUUCCUCUUAUUGCAUUUACCGAGGAUCGUUGUUUAACUCUAUUUGAUCACCCACUUGUUGAUUCCAUGCAUACUGUAUAUCAAGAGCAAAAGGCGGAGAUCAUGCCUUCAGUUGAGCAUCUCGUGGCUGCUGCUGGAAUACAGAAACUAGUCUUCAUGGACACUCCUGAGGGAGUGACUACUGCUUUGAGGCCAUACUGGUCAGAAGCAACUGGAGAUUGUGCCAGAGUUGUUCAAACUGUGCCUGAUAUGCUUGAAAUUGUUCCCCCCGGAACAUCAAAAGGCAGUGGAGUAAACAUGCUGCUUGGUCAUUUGGGAAUCACUCCAAAGGAGAUCAUGGCUAUUGGCGAUGGAGAAAAUGAUAUAGAGAUGCUUGAGCUGGCUUCUUUAGGCAUUGCUCUUAGUAAUGGAGCAGAGAAGACAAAAGCUGUGGCUAAUGUAGUUGGUCUCAGCAACGACGAAGAUGGUGUAGCCGAUGCGAUCUACCGGUAUGCAUUGUGA